UGACAACAAGGUCAGAAGUAUCGGUAAAUGCCUACUAGGCUUGACCGCGAUGAUUGAAGACGGUCAUUAUCACUUCAAAUUAAAUCAAAAGAAUAUUGAUAAUUCGAUGUCCGCUGGUGGAAACAAAUAUUGUUAUGGUUCGGAAGAUGAAGAAGAUGAUUCUGAAGUGAAGAAUGAAUCUAAAGAUAGCGUAUGGUCACAGAAAUUGAGCAGAGUUUCCGUGAGGCUUUGAUCAUUUACCCGCCUUGUGGGAGAAGGAAGAUCAUUAUAUCGGACGAAGGGAAAAUGUUUGGACGCAAUGAGCUUAUUGCACGUUAUAUUAAACUGAGAACAGGUAAAACUAGAACAAGAAAACAAGUAUCCAGUCAUAUACAAGUAUUAGCCCGUCGAAGAUCAAAAGAAUCCACUGAAUGUUCCUUGGAUGAUAUAUAUGAUUCAGAUCUAUGUGGAUAUUCACCACCUUUAGGUAUGCAAGAAGCUGAUGAACAAACAAAUUUCACCGAUGAACAUUCUCAAAGUAGAUUACAGAAGCAUGCAUUUACCGUUGAGAAAUGCUUAUCUCAAGAUACGUCACCUGAAUAUCACAAUUGGGAAAUCUUUGCACACUGUAACAAACCAGCUGUUAUUCAAACGGAUGAAAUGCAGCUUAUUUACUGUGACUUAUACAUGUCCAAUCAUUCUGAGAAACAUUACCAUAAUCUCAAAGAACAAGCUUUACUCAUUCUAAACUCAUCUUCACCAAUCAAUAUGUUUCAUACAGAAAUGUUUUUAUCGAAUGAAUCUGAUUUCAAUUUGGUCAAAAGUCAUGAUAUUAUACCACAACACAUUUCCGUAAACUGGCCCCAUCCAUUGAAAAGUCAACCGAAAAAGUGUUUUAUUAUGAAUUUAAGGAUCGAUUUGCCGGAAACGAACCGUUUGAUAUCUGCUUCAUAUUUAUUCACAACUAUCGUUUUCCGAAGUGUUACUCCACGGAUAAAACCUUUGAAGCUACUUACGAAGAUUUUCACUUUUAAUCAGAUGAUUACAGAAUCAGAAACAAAUUUAAAACUUCUAGAAAAUAAUCAAGAGACCAUUUACAUUAGUCAACGAAAAUUGGAACCUUAUUUAACGGAAUUACUGAUCAAUCUUUCAAAAUUGGAUUCAGAGGAGCUUAUAAAUUUAGCCUUGGAAAGCACAUACAUAUUACAGCUUGUCUGUGACAGUGAGACAAGUGUCCCAAUGAUUGGAUUCGCUAUAUUGUUGAAUGUGUCUAGAGUUAGUCAUUCAAAACCACAUGAAAUACUCUGUUAUUCGUGAUCAAUACCCGUUUUCUGACAAGUGUUUGACGAUCCCAAUGUUUGCUACUUGUUUUAGAUCUAAUUUGAUGUGUUGUUUCCAUUUUGAAAUAGAAUCUUACAGCAUGAGUCCGAAACUUCAACACCAGUACUUUUUUCAUAUUUAUCUUUUGUCUUCUUUCAGAUUGUUAAUAAUAUAUACCUAAGCAUCGUGAUGUUUAAGACAAAAUACUUUACUAUGUUUUCCAAUUUGAUGGUACAUUUAAACAUCAGAAGAAUGAGAAAUUAGUUUCCUCUUUUACUUCCGUCUGCUGUUUGAUAGGCAUAUUUCAGUGUAUCAGUACUAUAAAUUGUAUUUGAAUAGCUCAGUAAGAAUAUAAUUGUCAGAAUAAGAUGACGUUAAUUCAAAAGAUUUUAAUCAGCUUGCAUACAACCUGAAUAAAUUAAUAAAU